UCCGCGCUCAGGUGUCCCGCAGGCAGCCGCGGGGCCGGCAGCACCCAUCCGCGGACAGGCGGCGGAGCGAACACCCGGGCGAGGCCCCGCGGUGCGUCACGCGAGCUGCGGCGGCGACCUCCUGGCUCCCGCCCCCGCACGCGCCCGCCGCACGCACGCGCACUGCGCCCAGCAUGAGGGUCGCGGCUCUGAUCAGUGGUGGGAAGGACAGCUGCUAUAAUAUGAUGCAGUGCAUUGCUGCUGGGCAUCAGAUCGUUGCUUUAGCAAAUCUGAGACCAGCUGAAAACCAAGUGGGGUCUGAUGAACUGGAUAGCUACAUGUAUCAGACAGUGGGACACCAUGCCAUUGACUUGUAUGCAGAAGCAAUGGCUCUUCCCCUCUAUCGCCGAACCAUAAGAGGAAGGAGCUUGGAUACAAGACAAGUAUACACCAAAUGUGAAGGUGAUGAGGUUGAAGAUCUCUAUGAGCUUUUGAAACUUGUUAAGGGCAUCCCUAGAGUGACCUUGCUUGCUGAAUAUGAUGCUCUGAAUCUCCAAGAUUUUCACAUGCAUUUGGAAGUGGGCAGCCAGGCGAUUGUUUACAGGACUCCAAAUGAACUGUGCACUCACAGCAAGUUUGAUAAACACACAUUUCCUCCUUUUAUCAGUGAGAUUGCAAAAUGUGAAGUAUGAGUUUCCAGUUUUACUCAUUCCCCUCAACCCUUUUCCUGUUUAAAAACUUAGACAUACUAAUUGGAUGCUGAUCCGUCCCUGUUUUUCAUUCUGCUUGCUGGUAGUUGACGGCUUAGUUCAGUACUUACCUAGGCAAGAUUUGGCAAACUUUCAAAAAUAAACUUUCCGUGUAUUCAACUUAAAGGAGAUUCAUCCCAAGGAAUGUAAUGUGAACGCUAAUUAACAGUAAUGACUGCUAAUCACUUUGCUUUUUAUACUCCUUUAGGAGCACUGCUAUUAUCCAAUGUAGUCAAGUAAAAUGCUUGUAUAUGAAUCAACAAUGUUGCAUCCUUUUAGCAGCUAUUGCUCACAAUCAAGCUUUGCAUAAAUUAAAGUUGACUAAAAUUGAUUUUAAUAUGCUGCUCUCUUUCAAUAGUAAACUAAAAUAUCUAGUUAAAUAUCCUGCAUAUUAAAAAUACAUACCUGAUUUUUUUUUUUUUUUGCAGCCAUCCUGUGUAGAUGAAAAGCAAUAUUACAAAUACAUUUUCUCACAGUUCGUGACACUUUCUCUUAGAUUUCUUCAAAAGUGGACACAACUCUUCAUAGUCCCAUCAGCACUUUGAUUCUGUUGUAAGCAUUAAUUUUGUUAGAUCAAUGAAAAGUAAUCAGCCUAUGUUUAAUUUUUCUGAAUUUGUUCAUUUACUUCCUAUAGGAGCUUACAGAUUCUUUAAAUGAUACAGUCUAUUUAUAUAAAGUUGGUUCAUAGGAUUGUACAUUCAACAUUCAUUAAAAAGGGUUGUUGAUUAUGUUUAGUGAAUUACAGGACCAUUAUAAAAGCUUUCUGUUUAUUUACAUGCAUUCAACAUACCUAGAACUAAAACUGCCUUGCCUUAGGAGGAGACUAAGCAAAACUCAUAAAUUAAUAAUUUAAGGGAGCAAUACUCAAGUAGCAUUUCAGUUAAGAAGUAAAGCCUCAGAGUCAGUACCAGCCACUUUAACAAUGCUUUACUUUUUGACUUUUAUUGGCUGAAAAUAACUCGUUAAGCUGGAGCUUUUGUAAUAAAAUGAAAUCUACAUACCAUCUAAAGCCCCUUCCCCUCCUUUUGAUUUAUGAGUAGGUUGACAUAUUACUGGAGAAUUUUUAACACUUUCACAGUUCUGCACUUUGAUUUCAGAGAAGGUGCUAAUCUCUCUGGAAUUUUGAGAGUGACAAAAUGAGUUGUAUACUGUUUUUCCAGGGAAUUUGGGUUUCUUUAUUAGAGGCCGUAGUUUUAUUAUGGUACCUGUAUUAAUGUGGAUUUAUCUAAUAUGUGAUAUGGUGGUGUGAUUAGAUAUGCAUUAAUGGAGGAUCUUUUUUUUUUCAUUGUACAUAUUCUGCUUGGUUUGAUCAUGAUAUUAUAAUUCUCACAGCUAAUGUCCAUGUUUCUGCAGAGGUUCAGCAAUUCAGGACAUUAUUUUCAAAUUACUGAAAUGAGAUAAUUUAACUCCCUUUUACUUUUGCAUUAUUUUUAGUGGAAAAAAAUUAAGUGGUAGUAUAAUAAGCUUUAUGCUGUGUAUACUACUAUUAUUGUAUAUAUUUAUUAAAAGAACCUUUGACACUACUUAAUUGGAUUUAAUUUCAAAAAAUUGUAACAGGAAUGAUGUGAGAUAAUAGAAAAUAUAUGGAACUUAAUUAAGUGCUGUCCAUAUGUAAAGGUAAGAUUCGUGACUAUUAUUUGAUGUAACUUAUGUAUUUUACAUCCUGAUACUGUUGUAUAAUAGCACAAAAUGAAUGUCUAUGAGGAAAAACUUGGUUUUUCUAUUUUGCUUUGAGUUUUUAUGUGUAAUAAAAUUAUGCUUAGAAUAGG